CGUCACGUGAAACUGCCCGUGUUCAUUCCAGCUGAGAAGACAGCCGUCGCGCAGCUCAAAUCCAAGCCCGUGCCUCAGUACAUUGGCUACAAAAAGUACGCGGGGGGAAAAGAGGAGCCCCCCCCCCCCCCAUCCAGAAAGAACGACAGGGAGACAGGAAAGCCGAAAGAAAAAAGUAAUACAGCUUGUCACCCGACCAAUAGCGCGCGUACUCAGCCUUCUCCGCUUCUUGCUCUUCAUUAUUUGUUCAUUUGGCAUUUUGGAGCAGGACAUUCUUUUUCCUUGCUUCGAGUUUCAUUUUGAUCGUAUCGUCAUUUUUUUGGUGUUGAUCAUCUCAGGAUAUUUUUUCGACAACAACUUAUUGAUCUCCAGCUCGGAUUUUAUUUUGUCCACCUUUGAAUUGACCAUGGGCACCAGUCAUACUCAAUUAGUUUGACGUUUACCACUGGUUUCUAUUGGAGAAUAACAUCUUGAUCUGAACCGAGGAAUUAAAAUAAUAUAGUGCUGCAACAAAUCGACUGGAAUACUGUCUAUGAGAAUGAUACAACAGUGGAUCUAAGAACACUUCAAAGCCUAAAUAGAGGGAAAGGUAAAAAAAUGUUUAUUGACAUUCAAUAACGACAUGUUUUGCAAAUAUUGCAUGUUAUUAUUAGGCUACAGUCUGGUAUGCUGAGCCUGGGAAUCAUAUAUAUAUAUUUUUUUAUGUUUUCAUAUCUUGUCGAGGUAUGCACUCACAUAUGCAUUUUAUAUUAUUUCAACAAGUUUUAAUGUUAUAUCAAAUCAUAUACUGUUCAUUGCACCUGGUUUGUACCCAAUUCUAACUAUAAUAUAUGUUAAUUCAAUAUUAUCGUUCAUUGAAUAGCGGUGAUCAAUCUGCCAGUCAUCUCGACUCCGCCUGCGCCCAAGGAUCCUAAUCAAUAACCAGGUCCGGCCAACAAUGUCCAGGCAGCUCACCCAGCUCCUGACCCCGGACCUCCCAGCCGGCGCUAGCCCGCAGUUCGGGAACUGCAACCAGUCAGGUGGCUCUAUCAGCGGUGGACACCUCAACUCCAUGACUAGUUUGAAAUCCCUCCUGCAGCAUCCGAUGAAGGGAGACCGUGCAAGUGUCAAAGACUGCUGCGACGUUAAAGGUGAGAAGAUAACUUUGAUUUCAUUUUAAUGUUACAUUGUUAUUAUGCUGUUACAACUGACAGCUCUACAGUGCAACAAUGUUGCUGAUGGAGUUUGCUGCACUUAUGCUAACAGACACUGCAUGCCUAUGUCGUUUUUUGUUAUUUUGCAUAUUUUGUAACUGACAGUCAUUGAAAUCAUAUCUACCAGUCUCCAUUGCCAGUGACAUUCAUUGAAAUCAUAUCUACCAGUCUCCAUUGCCUGUGACAUUCAUUGAAAUCAUAUCUACCAGUCUCCAUUGCCUGCCUGUCUCCAUUGAGUACAGUAUGGUGAAGACAGCUGUGCUCACCUGCAUAACUUAAUAUCUGGCCCUGCCAUUGUCACACGCACAUGACAUGACACAUGCACCACUGUCUGACUUGUUGUUUGGAAACAAAACAGAGAAGGUAUACUGGUGUGAUGCUUCAAUACAGAACUAAGCUCUGAAUAAUGAUUAAUGAUUGACAUUCUGCAACCAACACACACCAUAGGAUAUACAUGAUGGUGGAAGUUGACCUUUAGAACUGAUUCAGGGUCAGUUUUGUAUUUUUACUUCUGAUAAUACUGGUCAGAACCACAAUAGGGAAACUUUGUCUCAGAGCAGAACUUACACUCUUAGAAAAAAGGGUGCUAUUUAGAACCUAAAAGGGUACUUCGGCUGUCCCUAUAGGAGAACCCUUUGAAUAACUAUUUUUGGUUCCAGGUAGAACCCUUUUGGGUUCAAUGUAGAAUCCUUUUUUUUACAGAGGGUUCUACCUGGAACCCAAAAGGGUUCUACCUGGAACCAAAACAGGUUCUCCUAUGGGGACAGCCGAAGAACCAUUUUGGAACCCUUGUUUCUAAGAGGUUUAGGAUCAAAUGCUCUUUGGAAAAUGUUUAAUUGAAUCCAACCACUCCUAUAGUAUAGAGCAGUAAACCAGAAAGGAAAUGAUGGGACAGUAAUCAUGUUCAAAUCAGCUAUAAGUGACUCUGUUGAGCUUCACAAUCAACUUCAGAUACUUUUGGAUGAUUUGGACAUGCUAAUAUCGGUCCCAUGACUUGAAUAGGAAUUGUGCCACAAAUGCUAAAACAUUAGCAUGUGGAAACAGUGCCAGGGAAACUAAACCAAUGCAUGAACUGCUGUCAUACCUUAUCCAUAGACAGUUUACAGGGUAUGGAAACCAAUAUGCCAUUAUCCCUGUAACACAUUAUUACGUGGUCAUUAGACGUAACAAACACUUAUAUCCAAUCACAAAGGUCACUCACUGUCCAAUUAUGACCCUCAAAUGUCCAAUAGAAUGAUGGUGCCAUCCCACGUUGCACUCUGCUGUGAGCUGAGCAUGAUGUUCUCAUAUGGAUUAUAAUCUCCGCCCCUCCAAUCCCCUGGCAUAGUUUUAGAUUAGCAUGCAGAUUAAGAUGAAGUCUUUUGGUAUAAUAUCUGACAUGCUAAACAGUACCAGCCAGGCCUGUGGUAUGGAUGCCUAUAUUCACAAAUUAAUCUGUCUCACCAAAUAUAGACAUAGACAUACAUAGAUGUAGUAAAAAUCAUAUUGCUUUUCAUCCAGCAUUCUCAUUUUGAUUAUUGUGCAGUUUAGUGUAUGACCAUCUGUUACGGUCUGACUGAAGCAUUCAUUGGUGUUUGUGCGCAUAGCAGUGCAGCUGAUGCAUACAACUGUCACACCAUUCCACAGAUAUCCAUCUAUCUCUCAGUCUCUGUUGAGUUGACGCAUCUAUAGUGGAAUUGUGCCUCUGGACCUCAACAGCCAUGAGGCUUGGGCCAUAGCGGCCUCUUGUCUCAUUGACUUAAAUGAAAUAGGUUUACAAGAACGCCUACAGCUUUGGACUUAAGAUAAUUAUAUCCUGUCAUAUGACCCUAAAAAAGUCCCCCCAAAUAACUAAAAAGCAAAGUGUAGACAGAAGAAACCCUGUGAGGAACCAGACUUGGGGAGUGGAUCUAGUGGGAUACCAUAACACUAACAUGUCAAUAAUCCCAAAACCACCUCUGACAGCACCCAGGGUCAAACAUUUGAUGCGACAACAACAACUCCCGAGAUGUCCCAACCCCUGUCCAUCUGUUACUAACCAACAUCCUCCAUUUUGUCUCCCUCCCACCAUCACAGACAAAGACAGAACCAUCACAGACAUGGAUGAGGACUCCAUGGGUGGCGGGAACGGCGGCUGCAACAUGCGUACCGGCAGCAGCGGGGUGAGCAGCAGUAACAGUAACGGCUGUGGCAGUGGAGGAGGAGGUGGAGGAUCAGGUGGAGGAUUUAACCAGUCUGCGUUCCUGGGACCCCUCCUGUGGGAGAGGACCCUGCCGGUGGAAGGAGGCCUCUUCCAGCUGCAGUACAUGGACCUGGAGGAGUUCCUCACAGAGAACGGCAUGGGCGGUGUCCACGGACAAAACAGUUCCAGUACAGCCCAGAUCCCGUCCCAGAGUUCCCAGUCGGCGGUGCCCAAUCAGAGUUCCCAGUGCCCCCCCUCAUCGCCCCCACCCUGCUCUUCAGCCUCCUCCUCGUCAUCCUCAUCUUCCCCAUCGCUCAUCGGCCUGGAGGUGGCCCAAUCCAACAUGCAGGGAGGAAUUGACUAUGGUGAGUUACCUGAACCGGGUGUAGGUGGAGGGGAGGGCAACAUGCAGGGAUUUCUGUGGUGAUUUUAUCCCAUGGAAUAUGAUACGGAACAGUGUACAUCUGUUUUAUUGUACACAUCUUCAAUAGGACAAUGGGGAAAGGGGUGGAGGUUGAGACGGUUUAUGGUGAUUCUAUGGAAAGGGAUUGUGGGGGUGGUGGGGUGGUUGGUGAAUGUAUCACAGUGUAUCGUUGUUUACAUGGUAUCAACAAUGUAUUCAGUGGUCCAGUUUGGCCAAAUGUAGCAAGGAUUAUGGUGCCAUGUUGUUUUGGCCUUGUGGAGCGGCAACUAGAUGAAGGAUUAAAAUGGAGGAUCAGUGAUAUGUCAGAUACCAUGGUGACCCUGUAUCAAUACAGGACGUCCAUGUCCUUAGAGAGAAGGCUGUAGAGUCUGCACAGAGUUAUCAUGUGAUUCAGCUCUUUAAGUUGUCCUCAGUCCUCAUAUUGAACUCCUCCUAUGGUGACCAAGCAUCAUUUUCUUUGGAGCCAAAUGGAAUCCCUUAACGCUGAGUUAACUUGACAGAGAGUGAACAACAAGGAGGGGUUGAGAAAGCAACGAGAGGAAUUUCCUGUAGGCUACAAACUACCCUUCACACUGAGCUGGUUUAACAUUUAGGCUGCCUGAGAGAAAGAGAGGAGUGACAUUUGACAAAUUAAUCUCACAGCACUGACAAAGGGGUUUGGUUUGGUCGAUUUUAUGUUCAAUUCAGGUCCAACCAGCCAUUUACUGAACACUAAGUUCUAACUGUACACAGGGAGAUCGAGCAAGAGAUAAGGAGGGGAGGGAGAGGAAGGAGGUGUGUGUAAUGAGUGUUUGUGAUCGCGUGUCUUUAAAUCUCUCCCCAACUCACACACUACAGCAAUGUGCACGUGCAGCGUCCCUUCACGUGCCGAGGCUGUGAGCACUGGAGCAAGAGAAUGAGAGAGGCAGGGCCAAGCGGAGGACUGGGAGGAGCGGAGAGGCACACCAGGGUGGGAGGGAGAGCGAGAGAGAGUGAGGGAGGGAGGGAGGGAAGGAGGGGGAGGAAGAGGUUCCCAUUGCCUGCUGAUACUGAAGUUCAAAUGGAAUGUUUGAAUGCAGAAGAGAGCGAUUGAGUACAGAGAGAGUCAUGAUUAAGAUAUGGUUCCAUACAGUAGAUAGGGAAUGUCAGUAGCCAUUGUAUUUAACCCUUCAUACACUGGUUGUUUCUUCGCUGCAUUUCAGUUGUAUUCCAAUGUCACAUCUCACAAUAAUGCACGUUAGCCAGAUUAGACAUGAGUUAAAUACAACGCACUCACAUUUAUCAAUACAAAUCAGAUAGUUAUGUAAAAGAAGCAUUGAUGAAGCCAAAAUUGAUAUUGCGGGUUGGAUGAUGUGUUUGUUACAUAGUCGUUACAGUGUAACACAGAUUAUGAAGCAAGACAGGAGAACGUAUCUGUAAUGAUCUGAUUUGAGUUUUCAUUCAGACACCUGACCAUUGACUUAACCCGAGGUGGGUGUAGUGUAGGCUGUGUUCUGAUUGUGUUCUCUUAAAGGAGGAAGAGGAAGAGGAAAAGGCUGUUUGGAGUCUUUAUGAUAGGAAAGUCAAGGUGUUAUGUGCAUUAGGCCCUAAGGGGUGAGGUGAGUGAGCUCUAUAGAACUCAGGGAACUGACUUCAAGGGGUGGGGUGACGGUUGUAUAACAGUUUUAAAAACAUUUCAAGAAAACGGUCUAAACCAGCCUUAUAGGAGUCUGGGAAUGUUGAUAAUAAUAUUAAACCAUAAUUGAAAUAUAUACUCUUACUAAAAGGGUGAUAUUGAAUGUUUAUACACAAGAUAAAUUGAGAAAAGUGUUCUUGCAUAUGCAAAGUUCCCAUUUGAGUUCAAUUUGUCCAUGAUAAUUGAUUCAUAUUGAAGUGAAACGGCCCGCUCACACAGAAAUCCAGCACCUGAAACAGAUAGUUGGGAAAGACAUUGGGCUGUAGAUUUCACACUUGAAAGCAAGGAGAAAAACGUUUGUGUUUAUUAGUUUCUCAGAGCAGAAAGUGGGCUCCCUUCCACCACCUGGUGGACAGGGACUGUAACUGCAGCCUAACAGCUCUACAGCUCUUUUACUUGACUUACAUUUACAUUUACAUUUUAGUCAUUUAGCAGACGCUCUUAUCCAGAGCGACUUACAGUUAGUGAAUACAUAUUUUUUUAUACUGGCCCCCCGUGGGAAUCGAACACACAACCCUGGCGUUGCAAACGCCAUGCUCUAUCAACUGAGCUACAUCCCUGUCGGCCAUUCCCUCCCCUACCCUGGAUGACGCUGGGCCAAUUGUGCGCCGCCCAUGAGUCUCCCGGUCGCGGCCGGCUGCGACAGAGCCUGGAUUCGAACCAGGAUCUCUAGUGGCACAGUUAGCACUGCGAUGCAGUGCCUUAGACCACUGCUGUGUGUUAUUGCUUUCUGGUGGAUCUGAGAGGUCAGUGAGUCAUAAUGUAUCUACAUGGAAUCACCUGGUUCAUAUAAAGGUUUAAUAAGAAAAUAACAACCGAUUCUCUCUCUUUCAGGAGGCAGUCAGUCGAGCAUGAACGACGACUGCGGCUCGCCCGGCUCCUCUGUCUCCUCUUCGUCCUGCACUCCUCUCAUGACGCCCACAUCCAAUGGGCCAGACGUGAUGGGUGGCUUUGAACCCGACGCGGCCGACGUGGCUCUGUCCAGCGUGCCCGGCCAGGACGCCUUCGACCCCCGCAGACACCGCUUCAGUGAGGACGAACUCAAACCACAGCCCAUGAUCAAGAAGGCCCGCAAGAUGCUGGUGCCAGCAGACCUCAAGGUUGGUAGUCAGAGAGUAGGUAGAAGCAUUAAGAGUUGGUAGAAGUUGUCCCUGACCUCUGGUCCAGGGUCAGAUCAUUUUCUACAAGGUAAUGUCAGUAGCACUAUAUCUAACGGUGUCUCCCUCUUUCAGGAUGAUAAGUACUGGUCCCGGCGGUGUAAGAACAACGAAGCAGCCAAGCGUUCUCGUGACGCACGGCGCUUGAAGGAAAACCAGAUCUCGGUCCGCGCCGCCUUCCUGGAGAGAGAGAACCAGGCACUCAGACAGGAAGUGGCUGACAUGAGGAAGGAGCUCGGUCGCUGCCGCAACAUUCUCAACAAAUAUGAGAAUCGCCAUGGAGACCAGUGAAGAAGAGGAGGAGAAAGAGAAGGAACUGAUGGGUGGAAUGGGGCGACAUGAUGAUGAUGACAAUGAUGAUGAUGAUGAAUGUAUGAGACGAUGAGAAGGGUGAUAUAAAGAAGCUCAGGUGUCACAUUUUGAUGAUGUCAGAGUGGGCAGGGUUAAAGGUUAGGGACAGGGAGGAUUGUUGCCCCUUUAGACGAAAGAAGAAAAGACGUGACUUUGAGGAUUUUGAUAUCGGAGAAUUGUAUAUUUUUAUAUUACUGAAAUAAGGCUAGAGGGGGAGCAAAUUUUGGAAAUAAUUUUUGUAUAUUUUCUAUAUGAAUGGGAAAGAUGUAAGAUAUGGAGGGCUAUGACAAAAUAUCUUUUUAAAGUAGAUUGAUAUAGGAGAUGCUAUUUUAGAGGUGGUCAGGUGUUAGACAGGAUUCAGAGUCAGGGACUGGGAGGUGAGGCGGCCAUUUUAAACUGUAAAAUAGAGAGCAAAAUGAUUUUAAAAUUGUACAGUUCAACAUUUCUUUGUGGAUUUUACUCAAGCACUUAAUUUGUUUUCUUUGUUGUGUUUCUAAAUGAUGGGGUUUGGGCUGAAAUGGCAAGAAAGUGAAAGAGGGAGAGAGAGAGAGAGAAAUGGGAGAAACACUAUUAACCCAGCACAAUCUUCAGCACUUGUCCUGUGUUUGUGCUUGUAAAUAACAAGUCAUUGAUAUUGUCACAACUUUUGCAACCUUUACUAACAGUUUGGACUGUUUAGUAGUUGUCUAGAUGUCUGGGCUUUGGUGCAACAGCUCUCACAUUUGAUUAUAGCUGCACUAUCUUCUCUGUCAUAUAGAGAAUUGUAUUAUGUGACCCUAAGACAAGCAGGGCAUUCAAUGACACUACAGCUAAUGGAAGGGGCGACUGUUAGUUUUUAUUAUGUAUACUAUGAACUCAUAUUGCUGAGCCCUUGGCCAUCUCUCCCGCUCGCUCUCUUUCUGUCACUUUUUGUCCUUUUGGAUUGCUGUCAGUUCUAACUGCUGGGUUGGUAGGAUUUUUUAGUUGUUCUGUUGCCCCAGGUUACAGUGGACCGUUUUGA